AUGGCGAUGAUUGCGCCUUGUGCCGCCUGGCCUGGGUCCGGCACGUCGCAGGCUGCGCAAGCCAUGCCGCAGGCAAUGCCAAAGGCAAUGCUGCAGCCAGCCGUACACGGGAUGCCAGUGAGUCAAGUGCGUGCCCCCUGUGCUGCACCGGGGGCGCCUAUGUCCUUAACGGGGACUUGGCAAAACGUUGCAGCUGGCACGAUGCCAUCGGUGCAGGCAAGGCAGGUCUUGCCGCAGCAAGUGCCUUAUGCGGCUGGCAUGGGUGGACAGUUGCCCCCUGGAAUGUGGCCGCAAAACCCUUCAGCAGCUACGCCGGUCAGACUUUUGGCUGGCGCAUCUCCUGACAUUGUCUUCAAUCCUGGGGACAAGGUGCAGUUGAGAGGACACGCUGCGAAUCCCGACUACGAGGGCAAAAUCUACACCGUGGAGGGGCAGGACGAACUCGGAGUGGUGCAGGUCACGCACAAGGUGAUGGAGAACGCUGUGUCGAGGAUGUGCUUCAACGCAGCUCACCUGGAGCUAGUCACUGCUGUGGGUGACCUGCCGCCCCAGGAGCCAGCGGUUGCUCCUGAGACUGAGGAUGCUCUGUGCUCCGGACUGAAGGUUGGUGACACCGUGCAGAUCUCUGGGCUUGGCCAUCAUGAUGGUCGGUUGUGCACGGUGGUCUCGGCAGACGACAGGCAGGCGAUUAUGCGGGUGAAGUUCGUAGACUGCCAAGACAUGCUUGAGCUUGCUCCGUCGUACCUCACACUCAUAGAGCCUGCAAAGGCUUCGUCCGUGGAUGCUUCUGUGGAGAGAGUGGGCGUGGAGGGCGAGGGCGGCAUAAAGGUUGGUGACCAGGUGAUCAUUCUGGCACCACCACACCACAAAGGAAAGGUUGGUGUGGUCGAGGUUCCCGAUCUGGGUGACGGAUCGCUGCGAGUGCGAAUGCAGGAUCCUUCAGAUUCAGUCACCGUGCUGGUGUUAAGCCCGACGCAUGUCCAGAAUCCGGAUGGCACAGCCGUAGCGGGAACUGCUGAUGCGGUGGCCUCGCGGCAAGCACAAGCAGAUGCGAUCCGCCAGGCUGCUGCUGUACCAUCGCAUGCGCAGACUGCUGCUGCCUCUGCUGCCCCACUGGCAGCAGCGCCUGGAGACCGCGUUCGGGUGAAACAAUCUUUGCCAGCACACGCGGGAAAGGUUGGCACUGUAGAAGCUGACAACGAUGGUUCUGGAUGCUGCUUCGUGCUGUUUGCAGAUGAUGGGGGUGCUACGAGAUUGCGCAUCAAUCCCGUUCACCUGGAUCCGGCCUAG